CUGAAAAUGUAACACCGGACUCUGUUCCAUCAUUAAAUGUAUUAUGAAUUAUAUUAGGAAAAUUAGGAUAUUAGGAAAAAAUAUUCCUGAACAGAAACAAAGUACAUUUUAAAAUACUGAAACUCCAUUAAUCCCAUCGCACCUUCAUUAUUACAAUGGAAAACCUGGCAAGAGACUGAGAGACAUAAAACCCAUGGAGAAUAGUCUAAUUUCUUCAUUAAAAGAUUUGAUUUGACUGAAAUUUGACUGAAAGGUAUUCAUUUAAAUCGAUUAAAAACAUAACUUCAUAGAUUAAGUGUCCAUUUUUUGUGGCAGAGUGUGUAAUCUUGGCAAUAGAGGAUCUUUGCCGUCUCUGAGCUCUGCGGAGGAUCAGGAUGCUCUUCACCUCCUCCUCAUCCUCCUUCUCAUCCUCCUCCUCAUAGACACUGACUACCUUAUCCCCCAGACCCACGCCUGUCUCCCUUCCCGGAUCAAACCUGUUCGCGUCCGGAACCAUUGACCCGGGGUAUAAAAACCGGUUCAGAAGGGAGUGGACGCACGAGAUGGGGGUGUAGUAGAAGGCUUUCCAGCGCGCGUGCGUCUGACCACGAGUUGGUUUUGUUUACGGAAUAUUGGGGAGGAGAGAAAAAGAUUUUAUUAAAAAAUGACGGUUUUGUUUUUGUUCGAGCUCGCGCCAGAAAAGCGGGCGCGCGGAUUCGUGUUGGAGGCGGACUGAAGCUGCAGGAGAGCCGAGGCAGCAGCUCGCGCACACAGCACUGAUUUCCUUUUUCUACACAUUUGUGCCGCCGUCUCUCUUCCUCGCGCUCGCCUGUGAGGACACAUGUCUCAGAUCCAGCGCGCGGCUCCGGACCAGCCGCCCGGCCAGUACAAUCAGAUCUGCACCCGCAGCAGCAGCUGCUCCUCCCCGGCCACUGCUGCCGGCACCGAGCCGCCCUUCUACCCGGCCCACCGGAGCCGGACCCCCCGCAGGAAGUGGCAGGUGUUCCCGGGACGGAACCGGUUCUUCUGCGAUGGGAGGAUCAUGAUGGCACGGCAGACUGGGGUGUUCUACCUGACCCUGGUCCUCAUCCUCCUUACCUGCGGCCUCUUCUUCACCUUUGACUGUCCCUUCCUGGCGUCCAACCUGACCCCCGCCAUCCCAGCCGUCGGCGGCGUCCUCUUCAUCUUCGUGAUGGGGAUGCUGUUCAGGGCCAGUUUCAGUGACCCCGGCGUCCUGCCCCGAGCCACGCCGGACGAGGCCGCUGACCUGGAGAGGCAGAUAGACUCGGCGGGCUGCUCCAGACCUCCUCCUCGCACCAGAGAGGUUCUGAUCAACGGACAGACGGUCAAACUGAAAUACUGCUUCACCUGCAAAAUCUUCAGGCCGCCUCGAGCGUCACACUGCAGCCUGUGUGACAACUGUGUGGAGCGUUUCGAUCAUCACUGUCCCUGGGUGGGAAAUUGCGUGGGACGCAGGAACUAUCGUUUCUUCUACCUCUUCAUCCUCUCCCUCUCCCUUCUCACCGUCUUCAUCUUUGCCUUCGUCAUCACACACGUCAUCCUCAGAUCAAACCGGACAGGUUUUCUGAGCGCGCUGAAAGACAGCCCAGCCAGCAUCCUGGAGGUGGUGGUGUGUUUCUUCUCCGUCUGGUCCAUCGUCGGCCUGUCGGGCUUCCACACCUACCUGAUCAGCUCCAACCAGACCACCAACGAAGAUAUUAAAGGAACUUGGUCCACCAAGCAAGGGAAGGAUAACUACAACCCCUACACCCACGGAAACAUCCUGACCAACUGCUGUGCUGCUCUGUGUGGACCUCUGCCGCCCAGUUUGAUUGACAGGCGGGGUCUGAUCCAGGUUGACACUCCACAGACCGUCUCCCAGUCUAACGGAACCAGCGGCGGCGGCUACGCCUCCACGCAGCUCCACAGUCACAUGUGUGAUCAGAAUCAGUGUAUCCAGAGCACCAAGUUCGUCCUGCAGGCUGCAGCCACGCCUCUGCUGCACAGCGACCCCGUCGUUCUGGCCCCGCUGCCCGGGAAGACCACCCAGCUGGGGGGGCCCUGCGCCUACCUGGCCCCCACCCAGCCAUCCCUGCCGUCCUGCGGUGGAGACGUCCUGACAAUACGAGACGCCACCGUCGACUCCCACUGCCACACCACCCUCCACCUGCAUCACCACCAUCAUCACCACCACUUCGUCAGCCCGGAGGAAACGCCAUGCGGCACGCCGCAGGGCGCCUUGCCCUGCCCCGCCCACCUGCAUCUGCAUCCCCAGCCCCACACACCCAUCCCCUCCCCCACCGCCCUGUACGAUGCCGUCAGUCAGGACGCCCUGCAUGAAGAUUCGGUCAGAGGGCUGGUGAAGCUCAGCUCCGUCUGAACCAACCAGACCCAACUCCCAAGUUUGGUCCUUUUAAACCAGGUUUGUGUCAGAACGUCCUGCUGAAUGACCUGAAACCAGCUGAUAAGACAUCCUCUGGAGCCUCAAGGAGACCAGUGAUUGAUUGAUUUUCUGGGAUGUAGAAGAGGAAAACCAGAAAGUAGAGAAUUCAGAACCCAGAAACUAAAUCCAGUCUGAAAGCAAAAAGAGACAAACUUUGAUUGUAUUGGAUUUUUAAACCAACUUUUUUUUUGUCUAUUUUUAAGCUUUUAAACUAACAUUGUGUCACUCAACACAAACUUAACUACGUUUAAACAAGAGUCUAAAACUGCCAGAAAUCUAAAAUACAGUCUGUUCCUAAAAGGCUGGAAUGUUGUGUAAAAUGUCAGUAAAAACGCUGCAACAGUCAGCUCGAAAUAACAUACAAACAUUUGAAAUGUUGACACAAAAAUAAGUUUUUUAAAUUGUUACACUUAAAAUUGUUGCACUGCAGUAGGAAAUUUAGAUAAACAGAAUAAGCAUUUUUACCUGAGAAAAAUGUAUUUACAUGAUAAAACAACUCAUAGGAGCUAUCUUUUAAAAAGAGGUUUAAAGUUUAAAAACCCUUUUUUAAUGGCAACAGAGAGAA